UAGAGCUGUUUGCCAUUGACACUAAAGAAGAGAGCGGGUCGCGCAGAUAGUAAACGGAAUAGUCGACACAAUGCUGGAACGUAGUGUGCGCUGGGAAACUAUAUAAAGAUCAACCUUUAAAGUAUACUGUUUGACGUCUUUGGGGUUUACUAAAAACCAACGCAGUCAAAGUCAGUGCUUUAAGGUCCUUGGAACACGCGGAGACGCCCCUUGCAGUAGCAGCUAACUUGAGUUAUCAGUAUAACGUACAGGUGUGUGGGGUCGUGGGGAGCUCGGUGACUUGUAGAGUAUUCAGAAGCCUCGGGGGCACAAUGUAAGAGGACUGUUUGUGAAGAACGACUCCAUCCACGCUCUGAUGCUGCUGCCCCAGCAGACGACGGCAAAGAAAAAGUACAGUAAGCUUACCACAACUGACUGACAGUGCCAUGUCUCUGGUAUUUCCACGACUCAGCACCAACCCAUUUCAUAGCAAGAAGGAAAAAAGAAUCAUGGCGGAAGUGAACGCAUCACCGCUUAAACAUUUUGUCACAGCAAAGAAGAAGAUCAACGGGAUCUUUGAGCAGCUGGGGGCUUACAUCAAGGAGAGUGCUUCCUUCCUGGAAGAGGCAUACAAAAGUGAAGAGCUAGACCCGGUUGCCACGGAGGAGCAGGUCCAGGAGGUCCAGGGUUAUCUUGCCAAGGUGACCGGCAUUGGAGAAGUUCUAGCCCGCCGCCAUAUGAAGGUGGUUUUCUUUGGAAGGACCAGUAAUGGGAAGAGCUCAGUAAUCAAUGCCAUGCUGUGUGACAAGGUUCUGCCAUCUGGGAUAGGACACACUACCAACUGCUUUCUGAGGGUGGAGGGCACAGAUGGGAAUGAGGCCUUCAUCCUCACUGGAGGCUCUGAGGAGAGGAAGAACAUAAAGACAGUGAACCAGCUGGCCCAUGCUCUCCACCAGGAUGAAGAUCUGGAUGCUGGCAGCCUUGUUUGUGUCAUGUGGCCUAAGGCCAAGUGUGCUCUGCUCAGGGAUGAUCUAGUGCUGGUGGACAGCCCAGGGAUUGAUGUUACCACAGAGCUCGACAGCUGGAUCGACAAGUUCUGUCUGGAUGCUGAUGUGUUUGUUCUUGUGGCAAACUCUGAAUCCACGCUGAUGCAAACGGAGAAGUCCUUCUUUCACAAGGUCAAUGAGCGACUUUCCAGUCCCAACAUUUUUAUCCUCAACAACCGCUGGGAUGCUUCUGCCUCAGAACCUGAAUAUAUGGAGGAGGUCCGUAGGCAGCAUAUGGACCGUUGCACUAAUUUUCUGGUGGAUGAAUUGGGUGUAGUGGACCGAGCCCAGGCUGGUGACCGUAUAUUCUUCGUUUCUGCCAAGGAAGUACUUCAGGCUCGUGUGCAAAAGGCUCAAGGAAUGCCUGAAGCAGGUGGCGCUCUUGCUGAAGGAUUUCAGGCCAGAAUGUUUGAGUUCCAGAACUUUGAACGGCGUUUCGAGGAGUGUAUAUCACAGUCUGCAGUGAAGACCAAAUUUGAGCAGCAUACAGUGAGGGCCAAGCAGAUCUCUGAAGCCCUGCGUCACAUUAUGGAUUCGGUAUACAUUGCUGCACAGGAGCAGAGAGUCUAUUGUUUGGAGACCAAAGAGGACCGUCAGGACCGAUUAGAGUUCAUCGACAAGCAGUUGGAUCUACUGACCAUGGACUGCAAGUCCAAGAUCAAGAAGAUUACUGAGGAGGUGGAGAGACAGGUUUCUAAUGCCAUGGCAGAGGAAAUCAGGAAGCUCCAUGUGCUGGUGGACGACUUCCAUAUGGACUUCCAUCCAUCACCAGUGGUGCUCAAGGUCUACAAAAAUGAACUCCAUCGGCACAUAGAGGAGGGCCUGGGCAAGAACAUGUCGGAGAGGUGCUCCACCUCCAUCAGCAGUGCACUGCAGACCACACAGAAUGACAUGAUUGAGGGUCUGAAGCCUUUGCUGCCCAGUGCCGUGAGAGAGCAGGUUGACAAGCUGGUGCCUCGAAGUCAGUGCUUCAGCCUCAGUUAUGACCUCGCCUGUGACAAGCUUUGCAGUGACUUUCAAGAAGAUAUCAGCUUCCACUUCUCUCUGGGCUGGACCAUGCUGGUCAACCGCUUCCUUGGACCCAAGAAUACCCGACGCGUUCUCAUGGGCUACAAUGACCAGGUUCCUCGCCCAAUGGCCUUGACACCGGUCAGCACCAGCAUGCCUCCAUUUCCACAAAGCGCCAUGACCCAGGAGGAGCUGAUGGUCUCUAUGGUGACCGGUCUUGCUUCCCUCACCUCCCGUACUUCCAUGGGUGUUCUUGUCAUUGGUGGAGUGAUCUGGAAAGCAGUGGGCUGGCGUCUCAUCGCUUUGUCACUGGGCCUUUAUGGGCUCCUCUACAUCUAUGAGCGGCUCACCUGGACCACCAAGGCCAAAGAAAGAGCCUUUAAGAGGCAGUUUGUGGAUUACGCCAGUGAGAAGCUACAGCUCAUUGUCAGUUACACUGGAUCCAACUGCAGCCACCAAGUCCAGCAGGAAUUGGCUGGGGUAUUUGCUCAGCUCUGCCAGCAGGUAGACAUCACCCGUCAAAAUCUUGAAGAUGACAUCACUGACAUGAACAGCAAGAUCGAGCUGCUGGACAGCCUCCAGAGCAAGGCUAAGCUGCUACGGAAUAAAGCGGGCUGGCUGGACAGUGAGCUCAACAUGUUCACCCAGCAGUAUCUUCAUCACAGCAAGUAAAACCAGGUGGAACAUCCUCAGAGGGAAAGAGUGGCACCGGAGCAACGUUUUGUACAUCUGUUAAUGGUCCCUCACAGGUGUAUUUGAAGUCACUGAGAGAAAUACUAACAUUACUUUUAACAGAAGGCGUGGUUUGGAUAUCUGACAUAAGUUGAAGGAGCUGCUAAUUAGUUGUCAUGUAGUUGUGUAGACGUGAUGCCAGGAUCAGUCUGUUGAGCUUGUCCGUGUUCAGUUGUGGUAAUGUGCAAAUGAACAUGAACUGGCCAUCUGUUGAUGGCUCAUCAGCACUGAUAGGUCACACCCACCACCUUCUGUCAAAAACUCUGUCACGCUGUCCUUUAAUGGAAUUCUGCUUAACCUGGUACUUUCCGCCUGUAUAGAUGUGAUUUUGUGUAUACAUGCGAACACUGGACAAAUACAGAAGUAAGACACUCCACCAGUGAAUGGGAAAGUGUGUGUGUGUGUGUGUGUGUGUAGUCAUGGUAGUCCAUGAUAUUCCAUUGCGUCAUGAUGACACAGACAUUUGAUGUGCAUUUCCUUUAUUAUUGCUACUGAUAAGACACCCCACAUCCGAAUGACUAAAAACAUCAGAAAUUGCUUUGCAGUUAAAUAAUAGGAGAUUUUAUAUAACCUUUUAUUCUUUUUCUUGUGACGUUGUCAGAUUAAGCCACUCUUGCUGUUGCAGAUGUAAGGCUUUACUUUGAUAUGUCCCACCUGCUUACACAUUGUUAUAGAUAAACCACACACACUCGAGUGAGACAGCAUUUCCACCAUAACAACGAACGUCUGAGGAAAGACAAAAGGAUGUUGACCCAGCCUCCAGAGUUUAAUCGGAGCAAGCUCAGUCUUACCUUAAAGGAUCUGGGGCCAGACAUUAGUGAACACUGCCCCCCAGAAGUCUGGUCCAUGUCUUGAUAUGUCAGAACACUUUGAUUGUUAUUAUUUAUUUAUUUAUUUUUAGUCUCUUUAAAACAGCUGGUCAUUGUUGCUCCGACUUGUAAAAUGACAGAGGACAGCUGCACAGUUGGGCCUUUGUUUAUCAGUAGCAGUGAAUAAUAAGAUACAGCAGGUUUUGGAUAUUCACAGAGUACUUGUUAAGAGCAAACAUUCACUGUUUGUUUGUUUUCUGAUGCUCUCUGAUUAGAAGAACAUUUAUAAACUUUUAGAAAUGGUUUGCUUCACCUGCACCAUUUAGCAGAAUUGCAGAAAAAAAAGACUAGAGCCACACAGUUGAGCUUAGACUAGCUAAAGUAAAGAACAUGCAACUUUAUUAGAUUUUUAUUUAUUAGAUUUUUUUUUGAGCUGAUUUCUAGUCCCAGCUUCUCACGGACAUCACAACAUCUUUGUGUUUGGUGUUUGGCUCUUCCUUUAACAAAGCCAAUUUGAAAGUUUAGCACUGUGCAGUAUGUGUGGAGUAACAUUUUUCACUUCCAUUAAAUGUUGUGCUUUCAGAAGUGUGAGCAGAAUGAAAUUAUCAUUUUGAACUAGAAGCAGUGACAAAGAAGAAACAUCACAGUAGAUGUGAUUUAAUUGUCCACGGUUGUAUACUGUUUGUGUUGCCAAAUGAUGCUGCUGUAAUAACCCUGUUUUGUUUGGGGUUUUUUUUGUUUGUUUGUUUGUUUGUUUGUUUUUGGGGGGGGGUUGUUUGUUUUUUAGGGCAAAUAUAUGCUUUUCAUCCAUUUGCUCUGUUUCUUUUGUUUUGCCCUAAAGCAAGUGUACACCAACAGAACAGUUUUCUGCCUUUGGGACAUUGACAGUACCUGCAUGCAGCCUUUACAUGCAACUAGUGUAAUUUCUUGCCCUAUUAAAAUGUGUAUGUAUGUGUAAAAGUAAAUAAAGAGAAAUUAUCAACUAUAAA